AUGUCUGUGAUACAAGCCCCAGUCGCCUACAAAGAAAGAAAUGGCGCUAUCCCACGGCGGAAAUCAUGCAAAGCAUGCGCCAAAGCCAAACGACGAUGUGAUCUGCUUCUACCGGUAUGCUCACGAUGCAGUCAGCGCCGAUUGGAUUGCGAAUAUCCGAUGCUAGAGGCUUCAAAUCUUUCAUACUCCUGGGAUUGCUUGUCGGACUUCAAUAUCAAUCCGUCAAUAGCAACAACUCUAUUUCAACAGCCUCCUCCUCCGUUGCCAAUUAUACCAUCGUCUUACGAAAACGUGUAUAAGGUUGACGAAAAUUCCUUAUCACCUCCACUUAAUGUCAAUCCACUCUUUUCAGGUCGCAUGUCUCGGUUGCAGUUUACGCUAAGCGUGCUUCAGAAUGCGCAUAGGACAAUGGUGCUGGAGAAUCAGACGCCGUGGUGUCAUCCACUACUGUACAAGAAUGGUAUGCCGCGAGUUAUGCAAGAUGCAUAUGCAUGUUGUUCUCUGUAUAUGAACAGGAAUGCAACAAACUCCAAAACUAUAUUGUCGAUUAUCGAAAACCGUGCUGCUGAGCUGCUUGCAUCAGAUCAACCAGAUAAUGCUUGGGAGUACCUUGCACGCUUACAAGCGCUCAUACUGUACCAGACAAUAAGAAUAUUUGAUGAUGACGCAUCGGCUCUGGUUGCUGCAGAUCUCACCAUGCCGGCUCUGCGAGCUAUAUUGACUCAUUUUGUCGCCAAUGUGCCCCUCGAAGAUACUCUGUUAAAUUCAGAGAAUUUGCCUAUAAACUGCCUCAUCAAUGAACCUACGUCGGACACCAAAGACCACUGGCACAGCUGGAUUUUCGAAGAAUCCACACGCCGCACAAUGUUCCUCUCACACCUACUGAUCAGCAUAUGGGAAAUCCUCCAAUACUUAAACCAACAGCAAAUCAUCGCUUCUACCACCACACCAUACACCGGCAUCAGCAGGAAAAAGCCCACCUGCGAUGGCCGACUAGGUCUCUCCAAUUGCUGGUGGUACUGGUACCUAUCAGCGCAUUUAUGGGAAGCUCCGACACGGUAUGACUUUGCAUUGGCGUAUGCAGAGAAGAGUCGUUUCCUCAUCAAGGAUUUGGACUUUACGGAGUUCUUGGCUUUGGGUCAACCAGAUGAUGUGGAUAUGUUGGGGAAAAUGGCACUGUCGGCUUGGAUGGGGAAUGAGGCGUUGCAGGAAUGGUUUUUCGUUAGAGGGGGUGUGUUGACCAUGCCUGUUUCAUCGAUGUGA